GCUUAAGACCGACUAGGCCGACCAGGCCGACUGGACCGAGAGCGACCUUUCGCUUCUGCGCAGCAACUCGUGAACCCACCAGGCCGGUUACACACCCGUCGCACAUGCCUACCGCGCCUAUGUAAGGAUGAGGUCAACAGACCCACUCUCAGCCGGAAGUUAAUUCUACGACUAGCAGACUAGAAAUACUUUCGGAAAACUACUCAGAUAACAUGGAUCAUCUCUUUUUCUUGAUCGUGACUUGGUCACCUUUGGUUAGGCCGAUGUUCUAUUCCGAUGUUCUAGCCUCGGGAUGGCGGAAGGACGAGAUGACGGGAUGACGGGACGACAUAAAUAUUCUGACUCGAGUUACCAUGAUAAUUCUUUGUUCUAGCCAUCUCACAUCCUGCAUCUGGCAUUCUUAUAUUUAAUACCUGCCACAUAUUUCGACCUUGUCUUAUUAUUGUCAAUAUUGAAAAUAUUCCCGGGAAAACAGAAGAACAUGUCGCAGCAGCAACAGCAACAGCAUCGAACUGGGCCACCCUACGCCCCGACCACCGCCAGCGUGGGUGGCCUUCCCUCUGUUAUCCCAGAUGUGCCCAUCUCGGCCGUCUUCGUCGCCAUGUACGUGGCUUUCGCCGCCUUUAAUAUGACCAUAUAUCAGAUUAAUAGUCGGAGAGGACACAAAUUCAUCCCUUCCGUCGCCUUAUUUGGUUUCUGCAUGGCCCGCAUCAUGACCCUCGUUCUCCGGAUAGUGUGGUCUACUCGACAUACCAAUGUCAGUCUCGCUGUCGCCGCCAACAUCUUCGUCAACGCUGGUAUUCUCAUCAUCUAUGUUCUCAAUCUCAUAUUUGCCCAGCGCAUCUUACGGGCAAGGCAACCUGCUAUCGGGUGGCACAUGUCGCUUCGUAUCCUCUACAGAAUCCUCUUCGUCGGAAUCGCCUGCGCCCUUAUCAUGGUCAUAACAGCAUUAGUCUUGUCCGUCUACAGCUUAGACUCUUACACACUACGAGCAUGCCGGGACGUCCAGCUAACCUCUGGAACGUACCUCCUCGUCUUCACCACUAUACCUGUCUUCCUUAUAGCUACCGCUUACCUAUUACCAUCAUCUCCAGCCAAGGAAACGUUUGGGGAGGGUAGUAUGAGAUCUAAGACUAUUAUCGUCCUCCUAGUUACUUGCCUCUGUAUGAUGAAUUCCGGUUUUAAAGUUGGAACAGCUUGGUCAGCUCCGCGACCGGCCAAUAAUCCAGCUUGGUACCACGGCAAAGCUCCUUUCUACGUAUUUAAUUUCGCCCUCGAGAUCAUAAUACUGUCCAUUCUAGCAUCCACUAGGAUUGACAAGCGAUUCUAUAUCCCAGAUGGAAGCAGGGAGCCAGGCCACUACUCGCGCCGUGUCGAGUCGCCCACCGAGAACGUCAGCGACCCUUCUGUCGAGAAGGAUGGGAAAAGUGAGGACAGGACUUUGUUCGAUGCAUAAUGAAAGCCGGGUGCUUAGUAGAUAGGAUGACUCGGCCUUGAUGGAGAUGUUUAUUUUUAUAUAUAGGUGCUGAUGAUACCCAUUUUUAAUAUAAAAAAUAUGA